AUGGCACCGCAGGGAAGACUUCUCAUCCGCGGGGGUCGCGUGGUCAAUGAUGACUUCUCACAGGUGGCCGACGUGCUCGUGGAGGACGGCGUGGUCCGGGCGCUGGGGCAGGACCUGCUGCCUCUCGGGGAAGCAACCCCGGGACUGCGCAUCUUGGACGCAGCGGGCAAGCUGGUCCUACCCGGAGGCAUCGACACACACACGCACAUGCAGUUCCCGUUCAUGGGCUCUCAGUCAGUAGACGACUUCUACCAGGGCACCAAGGCCGCUUUGGCUGGAGGUACCACCAUGAUCAUCGACUUCGCCAUUCCUCAGAAGGGCAGCUCCCUCGUCGAGGCCUUUGAGACCUGGCGCAGCUGGGCGGACCCCAAAGUCUGCUGUGACUACAGCCUGCAUGUGGCGGUGACGUGGUGGAGUGACAAGGUGAAAGAAGAAAUGAAAACCCUUGCCCAAGACAAAGGAGUUAACUCUUUCAAGAUGUUCAUGGCCUACAAGGGUGUGUACAUGGUGCAAGAUGAGCAGAUGUAUGCAGCCUUCUCCCAGUGCAAGGAGAUCGGAGCAAUAGCUCAGGUGCAUGCCGAAAACGGAGACUUGAUUGCAGAGGGGGCAAAGAAGAUGCUGGCGUUGGGGAUAACAGGCCCCGAGGGGCACGAGCUGUGCCGUCCCGAAGCAGUGGAGGCGGAGGCCACGUUGAGGGCCAUCACCAUAGCGAGCGCUGUGAACUGUCCUCUCUACGUCGUGCACGUGAUGAGCAAGUCCGCAGCAAAGGUGGUAGCCGAUGCAAAGAGAGAAGGAAAGGUGGUCUAUGGAGAACCCAUUGCGGCAGGUCUUGGUACCGAUGGCACACACUAUUGGAGCAAAGAAUGGCGCCAUGCAGCCCACCAUGUCAUGGGACCUCCGCUGAGACCUGAUCCUUCAACACCUGGCUUUCUCAUGAAUCUGUUGGCUAAUGGCGAUCUGAGCACCACAGGGAGUGAUAACUGUACCUUCAACACAUGCCAGAAAGCUCUUGGGAAAGACGACUUCACUAAGAUUCCCAAUGGGGUGAACGGUGUUGAGGACCGGAUGUCGGUGAUAUGGGAGAAGGGCGUGCACAGUGGUAAAAUGGAUGAAAACAGAUUUGUGGCAGUUACCAGCACAAAUGCAGCCAAAAUCUUUAAUCUUUAUCCAAAAAAAGGAAGGAUAGCUGUCGGCUCAGAUGCUGACAUUGUGAUCUGGGACCCAGAAGCCACAAGGAGAAUCUCUGCCAAAACUCACCAUCAGGCCGUUAACUUCAACAUCUUCGAGGGCAUGGUUUGCCACGGGGUGCCCCUGGUGACUAUUUCACGAGGCAGAGUGGUGUAUGAAGCAGGUGUUUUCAAUGUCGCAGCGGGAGAUGGGAAGUAUAUUCCACGCAAACCAUUUGCUGAAUCCGUCUACAAGAGAAUCAAGCAGCGAGACCAGACCUGCACACCUACGCCAGUACAGCGUGCACCCUACAAAGGAGAAGUCUUCACUCUGAAAUCCAGAGAGAUGGAAGAGGAUGACAGAGCUGGGACCAGGAUGCACUCUUCAUCCGGGUACUGUGGUUAAGCAAGCGCACAGUAAAAGCCCAGCAAAGGCUCUGAGGGCCCCUCCCUGCCAUGCUGUCAGCCCCUGGAGAAGAGCCUGUUAUUUCAACUCCCCAAGAUCUUUUAGGAAAAAUCAUUGCUCUGGGCCUCUUUGAUUUUUCUCUCAGAAGCAAUAGCUGUCUGCCUCACAGUGCCUUUGUUGCUGCAGAAGAUUGAAGACAUAAAUGAAUGUUAUUGGGAUGGGAAGUCUGCAUGAAGAUUCAUUGAUGAGUCUUUUCAAAUGUCGUCUUUUCUUACGCUAGAUUUCUUUCUUUGGGUUUUUAAAGAUAACUUUCUUGUGUAAAGUUUUUGUUGUUGUUUUGUUUU